AUGUUUAAAAUAAAGAGACUCUAACAUUCAUUUGAAUAAAAGUUACUUGAGUUCUUUAUAAAUUGGAAAAGAACAACGUGUAAUCUCAAAUAAUGGAAAUCCAAUAUAAAAUUUACGUAUGAAUGUAAUUUUGGACUAUAUUAGUUAAUACAUAUAUUAAUAGGAGUAAGAAGAAGUAAGAAAGUUGUUAAUUUAACAGGAAUAAUAAUUUUAUCAAUCAAUAUACAAAUUCAAAAUGAAUCAUAAUAAAAGUGAUUAAUUUGAUUAGUUAAGCAAUUUUUCGAUAUUGUAACAUUAAGUCUAACUUUUGGCAACUUGUAGAUAUUUUAAUUCAUAUUAGAGGUUUUAUAGGGAGAAUUAAGAGAUAAAAUUAAUUUUAAUAACAGAAGAUCUGAACUUUUGAUGGAAUUAUAUUAUGCUUUAGAGGAAGUUCAAACUAAAUCAAAUAUUGUAUUCAUUGAAUAUAAGAUGCAAUAAUUAGAAGUAAAAUAAAAUUAACAAUAGAUAUUAGGAUUAGUUAAAGGAUAAUUAAGCAAUUAAUAUAUUGAUUUAAUUUGUAAAUUGUAUCUUCAUGAAGAGUUUUGGUUUGCAUUAUAAUAAACUUUUAAUGAAAUGUUGAAAUAGAGAAUUUUUAACAGCAAUUUUUCUAAAUUAGCAAAAUGUUUGUAUAUAAUCAAACCAAAUUGCUAACUCUAUGAAAUAAUAAUAGAUUUGAAUAAUGAAAUUGAUGAUGAACAAAUUGAAAAAAUAGUAAAUUUUAUUUUAUAUUUUUAGUUUCAUUUAAAGGCAAUAGAAAUUGCCAUUUAGGAAGGAUAUUAACAUUCAUUAAAGUUUCAUUUAGAAUAGUGUUUAUACUAUAGUUGGAAUUAAGAACAAAUUGAUAAUUUAAUUUAAAGUUGUUUAAAAUUAUCUAAGCUAUUUGAGGAAAAAAAUCAAUUAUAUUAAAGAUUUUAGUAAAUGGAGAAGUAGUGA